AUGACAAAGAAGAUCGUCCCAACUAUCAACACCGACUUUACCACCUUAAAGACUCACCUGUCGAUGCUCAGACCCGUCACCACAGCACGACUCGGCCACGCUCGCUGUUUUGGCCCUUUUUCCGCGCGAAGAUUGCAGUCCUCGUUCACUUUUUCGAGCAACAAAUCGCUACUUCAAAAAGACCAGGUCAAGGACGAGAAACGCAAGAAAAGAGAUGGGAAUCAAGCUUCCACGGACACCAAGGGAGUUCCCGUUGAAAAAAAGCCUUUGUCGCGGGAAAUGCGCUCAAAAUGGCGUGAAAACGCCGAUUUUUCGUGGCUGCCCAAGGCCCCGUCAACGGCACAUUUAAAUGCCCGGGAUGUCAGCACUUCAGUACUGUACUCGGGAUAUCGUCCGUUUUUCAUGAAACCACAAGAAAAAGCACCCAAUGAGAGUACACUGUAUGAAUUUGCCAUGAAGUUGGAGAACCUAGGCGAUCCUUUGCCCUGGAUUUCGUCUGCAACGGGAACAGAAUUCUACGGAGAGUGGGAUAACGUACCAACCGAUGUAAUAAAACGACUCAAGCCAUUUCAGCCACCUCCCAAACGUAAUGAAGCACAAGCCGCCGCGAGCCGUAAGCUUUUGCAUGAAAAGUUGAUAGAAAGUGAAAAACAAAAACUCAUCAAUCGAUCAAAAGGUCGAAAAAAGCCCAUAAUAAGGUUAAUGCAGCUACGCAAGAGUUUUGAUGACCAGGGCGGCGAUUAA